GGGAUGCAGCGAGGCAGAAGCCGUCAGGGCUCCCCUCGCUCCGCCAGCUCCCGGCAGACCUCGGAGGGGCCGAAGACCCCGCACUCCGUGAUGAUGCCCCCCGUGAUGAGCUCGUGCGGCGUGACGUCAAAGGACGGGUUCCACACGUCCGCCUCUGCGGGACGAGCAGGGGGUACACGGGGUCAGAGGGGCUCUGGCAGCGACCCCAGGCAGGGGCGGGACCCCCCGAGAGCCCCCCCAGGGAACGGGGAAGGGACGGGACCCCCCCGCAGCCCCGGGAACCCGCCGAGAGCACCCGCAGGGCACCGGCGUCUCCCCGUAGUUCCGCCCCAAGGACACCGGGCUCUCACGGGCCGCAGCAUCGCCCCCAAGAAGCUCCGCGUGAUCCAACAGCAGAAGCUGAAGAAGCGCCUGGAGGUCGGGAUCCGGAUGAGGAUCGAGCGGGAGACCGUGCAGCGCGCGCAGGGCGCUCUACCCAAAAAACUGACCUUGGUGACGGCGCCCACGCCCGCCAAAGACAAAGCCAAGAAGUGCCGCGGCCGAGCCCCCCCGGGGAACGUCCCCUGAACCCCGCUCCUGUCACCCCCGCGAGGCUCUGGGGGAGUCCGGGCUGUUCUCAGGCCCCCGCCGUUCUUUUUAAUAAAAGGGAUUUGCCCGCGG